GCGUCGUGAGACGGAUUGCUAUCUGUCGCUUCAGAUCACCCAGUUCAUUUCAAGUUGGAGGUUGAAGCCAUAAAGUGCGAGCUCUGUCCUGAAGAUGACAGAGCAAAACAGACUUUCUGAGGCACCGUUGAACUUCGCUUCUACCAACGAAGCUUUCUUCAACGAAUCGGCCCAAUCCUAUAACCAGCGCCCGAACGUCGACCAACAUGUCAAGGUGCUCGUAUCUCUCUUCACGGCCUAUGCAGACCUAUUCGCAUCAGACAAGGAGCCGACAAUGACCAUGAUGGAUUUUGCGUGUGGCACAGGUCUCAUCUCCAAGGCGCUUCAGGACUACACGAAGCGAAUCGUCGGCGUUGAUAUCAGCCAGGCAAUGGUUGACGAGUAUAACAAGACAUUCGCCGGUUCUGGUAGAGAUAUAUCAGCUCGGUGUGUCAACCUUCUUGAAGAACCUAAUAUGCUCGGUGAAAAGUUCGACAUCGUCGUUUGUGCAUCCGCCUACCAUCACUUUGAGGACGUCGAUGCGUACACGCGUUCUUUGGUCGCCCAUCUCAAGCCCGGUGGAUCCCUCCUAGUUGCCGACCUUGUCAAGCCUGAAUCUGCCUCGGACGACGGGAAUCCGUCGCUUGCACAUGACGGCGAUCAUCAUCACGGACAUCAUGAUGGCAGUCAAGCCCACCAGCACGCUCAUGCUCCAGUUCGUGGGCAUGCCGAUCUCUUCCCCAAAGAAGUGCACCAUAUCGUCGCUCAUCGUGGUGGGUUCUCCAAAGAAGAUAUGGAACGCACUUUCAAGGCUGCCGGCCUAGAGGAAUUCUCCAUGAAAGCCACUAGCAGCUCAGCGCAGAUAACCAUGCAUGGUCGACAUGUAAGGCUCUUCGUAGCUCGUGGCAAUGUCAAGCGCGACGCCCCUCCGGCGGAUUGAUUACCUGUAGGGCAGUUGAAUAAGACGUAACGUUAAUGCAGAAAUUAUCUUGGUGAUGUAUCACUGUUACUUUACGGCAAAUGUAACAUACGUAUGUAAGAACCUGUCAAAAUGUUCUGGAAAGUUGC